AUGCUAGAAUUUAUCCUUCAAAGUAAUAAGUCUAACUUCGAAAAAAUAGAAGAACUUAAAAAGAUAACCACUGAAUCCUUUUUUCUUGAUGUUCUGGAAAGUCCAGGUGCAUUUUUGGAUGAGAUUAUACCUUUUGCUGCUCAGAUUUUUAAGGAUCUUCCUCCUGAUUCUGCUAUGACUUUUGGUCAAUCAAAUGACAUGAGAGUCUUCUUUAUGCGUCUACUUUCGAAACUUAAAUACAAAAAUUAUUCUAAUUCAUUCCUUUUGGAACUUAUCUAUGAAUUGAUCCAAACAGAGAAUAUUUUUAAUAGGUAUCUUUCUCUGAAAAUAUUAUUUCCUCUGUUAGAUUCUGACAUUCAUGUAAAUUAUGAAAGGCAUUUAAAAUGCCUCAGCUCCUUUUUUAGGAAUGAAUUACCUGUUUCAGAUGGAUUGGAUAAUUCGAGGUGUGAACUUGGAUUCUUUGCUGUUUCUGAAGUCCUGAAUUAUUUAAACAGUUUUCAAAAGAAGUAUAAUUUACCAGUAGAAUAUUACGAUGAGAUAAUUUGCUUAAUGGCCUCGGCUCUACGACUAUAUUUUACUCAAAAACACAUUGAAAAGUUCUGUUUAAGCAAAAAAGUUGUCUGUGAGUUUUGUUCGAUGGGAAUCAAUCUAAUUAAGUUUAUCAAUCUCGUAAAUAUUCCCAUCAAUCACUUUAUAUGUGCCUUGAUUCCUGAUCUAAGUUACACUCUUGUGAAUAUAUCGCCCUCAGAUUGCUAUCAUCUUAGAAGAGAUAUUCUUAAAACAAUACUCAAUACAUUCCAUGUUAGAAAGGAUUUGGUGUACAAUAUUGACAGAUACUUCCUUAAAAAUCUUUAUCUUCACACUGACUAUGAGCCUUUGCAAAUACUCAAUCUGUAUUUUCUUUCUGAAUUAGUUAAAGGGUGUGUUGGCAUUUCCAAGAUCGUUCACUUUGAGUUUGAUCAACGUAUCUGUGAAUAUCUUCCUAUUAGAAAAGCUCUUCCUCUUCUUCAUUCUUGUAUUUAUGCGCUGAGCAUAAACUUUACCAAUGCGUUAAAAGUGCCAAUGGAACAGAAUGAAAUGAGAAUGAUGGUUAAUAGGCACAUUAAGAUAGCUCACAAGAUAUACACGCUCUUACAUUUGCCCAUUAGCAAUGUUAAUAACAACAUUAAUAAUGAUUUUAUAAGUCCAUCUGAAUACUUCCAUAAAGAUAUAAUGGCAUUAUAUUCUGAAGAUGAUGACGGAGUUUCAAAUAGAUUUAUCGAGUAUCUUAAAAUUCUCAUAAAGUCUUGUUCCUUUCUACAAUUACAAAAUAAGCCUUUUGAAAGGGAGCAGAUUAUCAUUUUAGGUAAUCUUCUUCUCUUUCCUCUAACCAGGGAGCUACCCUGUACUGAUUACCUUUAUCUUUUUAACGAGAUACAUCCUGAAAGUCUUGAAAAGAUCAUUCUCUGCAUUGUGGACAGUCUAUUUAUUAAGUAUUACUCUCAGGUAUACUCUUGGGUUGUACUCCUCAAUGUUCCUGAAAUUAGCUGUAUCUUUAUUAAAGCAGCCAAUGCUCUUAUUCAUCAUGAUAUUACUCAGUCUCAAUUCAGAUCUUUAGAUUUUUAUCAGAAGAUUUUACCUUUGGCCUAUUGGUUCUUCAAGAUUGAUAAGAAGUACAUCAAGUCUGAAUUUUCAGAGUAUUUUUCUGUUAUAUAUGAUUAUCUCCUUCAUACUGAUCUUAAAGAUAUCAGUAAUAAUGCUAAUGAUUAUCAUUUAACCCUAAGAGAUGCGGUGGGCCUAUUGAAUACUAUGUUUCUUGAAGUUAAAAACUGCGAUAUUGCUUAUACUGGACUAUAUUUCAUCUAUAACUACUUUGAGGUAACGGUAAAGGAGCUUUAUAAUGCAUACACCCUUACAUUUGAUACAUUUUAUUUAGAAGCACUUUUUAAUAUUCCUGUGAGCCUAAAUCUUCUUGUAACAAAGUAUGCUGUACUCCUCAAUGCCAUGUCUGCGGGUCUUCAUGCUAAUAAAAAGAUUAGGGAUAUUAUAAUAAAGUAUAUCGAAUAUAUUGUAGAAUUUGAUAGUGAAGAAGGUCUCAUGGAUAACCUCCUUCUAAAUAUCUAUGGCAUUCUACAGUCCAGUUUUCAAUCUUCAGGCACAAGCGAUAUGAAUUUUUCGAAGGGGAUCAAUGUAUUUUCUAGGAUUAGUAAUAGACAUAGAGAGGUCUUGACUUGUGGUACACUACACGAGCAUAUUCCUGAUAAUUCUGAGAAUAUUCUAUGUUCAAUAAGUUUUGGUGGGAGUAGAAAAGAGGAAUGCAUGUAUGUUGAAGAUAGUCAUUAUGUAAAGCAAGACAUAGAAGCUGUAUUAAAGAUACUCAAAACUAAAGAGGCUAAUAAUAUUGAUAAUGGUAAUUUAAACAAUAUAGAUAGUAUUAAGGAUAGCUUGAGUAUCCCGUGUAAUAAGUUGAGAAGAUUGAAUAUCCCUCUUGUUGCUGGCUAUGAAUUUAUUUAUGAGUAUGAUAUUAGAAAAAAUCCUUAUCAAGGAUCCUCAAGUAGAAUUUUAAAAGCAUAUGACAUUGACCUAAAAACAGUCAGUCCUGAUUUUUGUGAAUAUGUCAAAGAUUCCCUUAUUAGAUAUUUACUGGAUCUUCUUAAAAUGGAAUAUUCCAGCAGCACUGAGUUUAACAAUAGCAUUGAUGACAAUGAUAAUACAAGUAUUAAUGACAAUACAACUAAUGCCAUUAACGAUAUGACUGUUAUCUAUCAGUCUGCUUCUGAUGUGCUUUUUUCACUUCUUCUAUUAGGAGAGAAGCAUAAAAAUUUAUCUGUUAUGGAUUUUAUGAAAUGGUUUAUCUUCAACUGUUCUAGCCUAUUAAGAGAUUCCAGAGUGCUUUAUGAUUUCAUUCCUGAUGGUCUUAUUUAUGCACCCAAUAUUACUUUUACGCUUCUUGAGUUUAUGCAAGAAAAUGUUUCUUUUUCAGCCAUCAUUCUAAAUACGAUCUACGCAUUGAUUGAUUUUAUUUAUUCUAAGAAUGAUUUAAAAAGUGACAGGGCAAUUGAUGUUCUGAAUAAUCUUGUUGAAACCAAGAUAGUUCUUUAUGCGUAUCUAAAUAAUAACGAAUGUAAUGGGUUUAAUAAUAACUUCACUGACCAGAAACUAACUGAUAACAGUUUAAGCAAUGCCCUUGGCAAUGGCAGCCCUAAAAGUGCAUUUCUCAUAGAUAUGUUUUGUGCUGUAUUGUUUAAGACCAGGAAAUGCAUCUCUUUUAGAGUAUAUCAACUAUCCUUGAAAAUUACUCAGGAAAUUGGAAAAAUACUACUUCAAUCUGAAAGUCCUGCAUCAUCCCUCUUCAGGAAUACUUUGGAGAAACCAACAAAAUCUGAAUGUUUCUAUUUCAAAGCAUUGGUUAUUGAAAUGUGUUCUUUUUUUAAUUUCAGUUGUCCUAUAGAACAGAUACCUGAAAUGGAUAAAAGGUGCAUUUUAAGAAUUCUUGAAAUCAAUCCUAAUAGUCUUCUAAAGAUAAACAACCUUCCGACUGUUGCUGAAAACUUUUUAAAGAGUAUUGACAAGAAAGAUACCUACUCCAUCGAAAAAUAUCUUGGUUUUCUAUUUAAAAUGAAGUACUCUCGAUCUUUAUUUAAUGAUUUACUUUCUCCUGCUAAGAAAUAUCUCCCAGCUAUUGCUGUCCUCGAAGGAUUUUCCAGUGAGGAUGCGAGACAUAAAUUCGUUGAAAGUGUCAAUAAGAAUGGGAACUUUCAAUCUCAGAAUCCUAAUUCUUUUAGAAUAUUCCGAAAUCUCUUCCAUAAAUGUAAUGUGUCAACUGCCAUCAAAACAAAUUUUAUUGAAGUUUAUGCAUCUCAGACAAAAGAGCAUCGUUCAGUUAUUCUUGAUAUUAUUUUAAACUCCCUAGAAUAUGAUCUGCCUUCCUUUGAUUUUCUUAUUUCUAAGCUUAUUGAAUUGCCUCUGCUUAGGAAUGAUGGUCUUGUUGGUCUUACCCAGCAGGGUAUUGAAAUAUUUAACAUUCUCUCCAUUCGUAUUUUUGAACAGCCCAUGGCCAUUCAGGAAUCUCUUAUUAUGUAUCUUAUUGAACAUAUACAUAAUGACUUUGUGUAUCAAUUUGUAGACCUUUGUAUUCCUAUUGAUAACGAUAUUGCUCAUGUUCUUACUAACUUCCUAAAUGACUUUUUAAAUAACAAUCAUUCAUACAGAGAGCAGUUGGUUUUUUCCAAGGCAGCAUACAAUAUUCUCCGAUAUUUGAGAAGAAGAAAGUGUAGAUUCAAUGACAAUAAAGCAGUACUCUUAGUUUACAGGGACUUGCACAGCAUUGAGAAUGAAAUUGAAAGUCUUGUUAAUUGGUAUUUCAAGAACUUUUCUGUGGAAGAUAUAGAGCUAUUGUACAGAAUCAACACUGGGUUUUUAAUCACUUCCGAGAGCUUACUUUUGAAACUAAUAGGAGUGGAAUCUCUUUCUACUCGUAACUGGAUGAUUGAUUGUUUUCACAAACAAAAUAUAAGCUUAAUCAAUACAAAUAAUAUUAAUGCAAGCAAUAACAAUUUAAAUGAUGUGGACGUAUCUUUCUUAAAGAAAUGUGUUGCUUUUUACUUGAGAUCAAAGGGUAUUCCAGUUCCAGAUCCCCUCCUUCAGAACAAUUUCAAAGUCUUCGAGAAAUUCUCAAAGCCUGAUUAUAUCUCUGAACUUCCGAGAUUCUCACCUGAGACUAUCUUUGUUUAUGCAGGGGAGCAAAUAGAAUCUUCUGAAUCUGAAAAUAGUCUAUUUUUUGAAGAGGAGAGUGUUGAAAGUGAAAGCAUAAUUUCAUCUAAAAGCAAUGCUAUUGAUGAUAAGAAAAGCAAUAAUGGUGGUGUUAACAAUAGUAAUGAAAAAAAUAAUGUCAUUAAUGAUAAAAGCAUUGAUGUUAUAGAACAUAAGACAUUCAUUAAUCGUUCGGUACCAAGUCAUAGCAUUAUGUUUCCUUCCAAUUCAAGCAUUUCACUCACUGAUAUUUCCUUUUUGUUACCCUACUUUUCUGAUAGUCUCCAUUUAAUCAUUGACUUGUUCUGUGAUUUAAAAAUAUUCUCAAAGGAACUCUUAGAAAAAUGCAAGGAAAUCGUUCAUAAUAGCGUUUCUAUUCGUUAUUCUGCUUUGUAUUAUCUUUGCUUAUUUGAACCUUCCAUUGAAUAUUUCGAAAGUAUUUUUAAAUUGAACUAUCAAGAAAGGAAGUAUGUGUUUCCUUCUUUACAGUUACUCGUAGAAAGGUUUGGAGUAAGCUCAUUUGUUAACUCAAUCAAGACCGUUUUGAGGAGCGAAAUGAGAUUUAGAACAAUCAAGUACAUUUUAGUUCCAUUUUUAUGCUCCAAUUUGGAGUUCUUAGAAAACUCUGAAAUUCUCUUUGAGCUUUGUGUAUUCUCUCAUAGACUGGUUAGAAUUGGAUAUGUUGAUAGGAGUUUAAUUAAGAUUAUUCUAAGUUCAAAUAAUGUGUCAGACAGAUUUAAACAGGAGUUGAGUACUUUAAUUGCUAUUCAAGAGAUAACCAAUAAUAAGGCUUUUAUUGGUAGUCAUAUCAGUACUAAUGUAUAUUUAAGGAACAGUACUCAUAUUAGCCCUGCUGGUGUUACUAUUACCAACAUUCAUGACACUAACAAUAUCGUUGUUGGUGUUAACUCUUUGAAUCUAAAGCUGCUUCAAGAACUAAACAGUAUCUAUCUCUUAGAUCUCCUUGACAUUGCUCUUUCUCCUUUUUCAUUAAGCUCCCCCUCUUGGUUUACUGAUAUUCUCUCCUGCUCAUCCUUUUAA